UCCUUCAAAAGGGUUGAUUGAUUCGAACAUUCCCCAUUUCGAGAUUUGCCCAUAUUGUAGGCGGCUUGGAAAACGCGUGUCCGUGAAGAUCCUCUACAGUCCUGCAUUGCCCUCGAAAGAACACAGUUACCAUCCGCUCGAGAAUCAUGUGGCGACAGAGGAGAAGUGUGUGUACCUUCCUGCUGCUGACAUUGCUGGCUGCAGUCACCGCUAAAUCUGCUCCAGAAAGAAGUGAUCGCAAAGCAGAAAAAUCCUCUGCCCGCGAUCGGUACACAGUGGAGGAUAUCAUGGUGGGCGACAUUCCCGGAAAGCAACUCACGGACAACGUUGAAGGACAGCACGUGUGGAUUUUGCCCACGCAAGGCGGUCGUGUCGAAGCCAUUCGCAUGAAGUCGGCCACGAGUGGAGUUGUUCGGGAUGUCAUCCUGACUCAUAACGGUAAUUCGACUGCGAUCAAGGAAAACGCUCUGUUCAAGGGAGCCGUUCUGUUGCCGUUUGCUAAUCGCAUUGCCAACGGCACCUACAUGUUCCAAGGCAAGACGUAUCACUUGAAGAUCAACGAGCCGGAGCGACAGAACGCUCUGCACGGCCUGCUCUACGACAAGGAGCUGACCGUCUUGAGCUCGGUGAGCGGUAACCAGUACGCCAUUCUGGUGCUGCAGUACGUGUUUGACGGCACCGAUCCCGGAUACCCGUUCCGUCUUACGGUGCAGCUGGAUUACAUACUGACCGCCGACGGCUUUGUGCUGAGCGUCGGUGCCACAAACGAGCACGCGUCGCGCCCGCUGCCGUUCUACAUGGGCUGGCAUCCGUACUUCAAGGUGACGGCCACGGCCUCCACCGUUGUUCUCUUCGCGCCAUGCUCCAACUAUAGUCACAUCGUCACGGACAAGACUUCGCUGAUCCCGACCGGCACCACGGAACCCACGAGCACCUUCACUGACUCGAAGCCCAUAGGCGGCACGGCCAGCUCACCGACGUACAUUGAUGACGGCUAUGCCGCUCUGGCGCCCACCGAUGCUAACUGCACCUCGCUGGAGCACAUCAUCUACGACACGUUGUCGAAGGAGGCCACGUACAUGAUCCAGACUGACGACUUCCGCUUCACACAGGCGUUCACCGGGUCCGUGUCAAUCAGCGGGGAGCAAGGAGUCGCCGUGGAGCCCAUGUCGGCUGAGACAGACGCAUUCAAUAAUCACAUUGGCUUGUCCAUACUCAACGCCCAGCAGCAGUGGAGGAGCUCAGUUGCAGUUAGCCUUGGCAAGGCAAGUGAAGGGCCUAGCUUCCGUGAUUUUCUCCACACUUCCCCUCCUCACUAGUACUAGUGUUCACUGGAAUGAUAGUGUACGACAGGGCCGUAGCCUCCACAUUGACUUUUUACAGACAUGAAUGGUUUUAUCCUGGUUUGGCUCGUUUUGCUCUUUGCCAACAUAAUAGUACCUGAUCCUCAGUUGCACCGCACUGACCUUGCACCGUGGCAUUGGUGGCAUUGGUUGUAACCAGGGAGUAGGUUUACUCUCUCAUUGCUUUUUGAUCCAUGUGUUAUGGCAUUUUCAUUUUCCUGUAUUUUUAUUUAUUUAUUUUCCACGGAGUAGGCGGCCGGACAGUCCGAACGUGCCAGUUUUCAAUGAAUUGUUUUGAGUUUUGCCCGUAAAAAAAAUACAUGUAUGUACAUGAAAAAAAACAGAGAGUAGUAAAAGUACAGUAGUAAAUUAUUAUUUUACUACUCCCUGGUUGUAACGGUACCGCAGCAUGAACUAUUGAUAUCACAUGUACCGAGAAUACACAGUGGGGUGUA